CAUGAGAAUUACAUUGCUGCACAGCUAAUGGCUGAUGCCUACGAGGAGUGUCUAGACAACGAAGCUAUAGGAGCUGCGCAGCGCUGCUGCAGCAUACAUGCCAAGCUAGCUCUUAAACACCCGCGCUUUUGGGAGCACACAAAGCUUGCAGCGCCGUCAGACCGAUCAGCUAAAGCUACAGUCAGCUUCUUAGAAUGGGUACCCAUAAGACCCCGUUGCAUUUUUCAGGAGCUGAGCUGUCUGGAGAGACUGCACACACAGUACACAUCCGUUCGCAUGCGCACACAUGGGAUGCACUAUGUGCACCACUGUGAUAUGCAGUGCUAGGCUAGCACCCCUGCAAACUGGUAAACGCACUAAAUCGCAUGAUUUUUGCACUCUUUAGAUGCGUUCCUCGAGCACUCGAGAAGCAAGCAUCUGUUUCAUAGACCCACCGUAAUCAUGUGGUCUGCAACAGGGCAACUGACGUACACCUGGACAUUGUCUCUAGAUCCCCCUUGCAUCAUCAACAAUGCCAUGCUCUGCCGAAAGUCCUUGCACACAGCAUAGCGCUCCAUGACUCUCUUAAGUUUGUGCAGACACAAUGAUAUGAACAAGCCACAUUGGCCGAGUACAAGGGGCCUAUCUCCUAUACUGUACUAUAUUCUGCUCUGCCCAUAUGGACUUUUGAGUUCUGUAUGACUACACACUGCACACACCAGCCAAACGGGGUUCGUCCCUCCAUGGACUUCAUAAUGUUGCACAGAGCCCUGAGCGGGGCGCUUUCUAGCUGUUC